CCGGGGGAGGGGGUCCCCUCACUCACGCAACACUCAAAACAGAACGUGAUUACACCGAAACACCUUGGCGCCAAAACGACUGAAACGUCAGUCACGCGAAGCUGCUGCCUAUCCACACUAUGCUGACGUCCCCCGACCUUGGCUGGGUGAGUGAAGGCCUUGAUGUAUGUCUGUCUGUUCUGUCUGUCUAUGUACACACACUCAUGGAGGCAGUGUGUCGAUGCUCUACUCACCUACACAUGCGCGCAUCUGUCGGUGUACCUAUCUGAUUGGCUCCUGGAAGAAACUGAUCAGCACCUCCAGGCUGCACACACAGACAAAACAGAACGGAACAACCGCAAUGUGUCGCUGUAUGUUUGUAUGUAUGUACUUGUAGUUGUUGAGUAUGGCGGUGAGCUCUUCCAGCCGCUCGCGGCUCACAGAGGGGUAGCCCUUCAGCUGCCAUUUGCUCACAUACCUAAUGGACGGACAGAUCGAUGCAUGGGACGGACACAUAUACGAGGGCAGCCUUGUCUCUGUCUGUCUGUGUGUGAGACUCGGUGUGUGCGUACGUGUCAUGGACGAGUCCAUGCAGGAAUGAAAGCCGCCGCGGCUGCUCCUCGUACUCCCGCUUGAUCGAAUCUACAUAGACACGAAAUGCACCAAAUCAUUCCAUGGACACACACAUGGACACACACGAGCGUACCAGCAUUGUCAAUUACGUGUCUGAGGUCGGGUGCGAGGAAGUCGACCGUCCCCUCCUGCUGCUGUAUCUCCCUAAGUGGCUCCACCAGCCGCACCUGGGUGGCCAACGCGUGCUGCACCGACAGCCUACGGUCCACCAGAGACAACACGUGGGGCAAACUGGCAUCCUGGACGGACCAGACAGACAGACAGACAGAGAUGGUGCACGUCUCGUUGAUUGUUGCUCAUGUGAAUGUAUCCACCUGCACGUCGGUGGUGAUGGCGAGGUGGAUUUUGCGGUUUGUGGCCUCGCUGGACAGCACCUCCUGCACACACCGAUGCAUGCAGGUGUGCACAGCCGCAUGAUUGGUGGUGGUCUUGGUGGCUCCCUCCCUCUCUCUGGCACCUUGAGAAUCCUCAUGGUGGCCACACAGUCUGUGCGAAACACCGCCGAACCCUUAGAAUACCUACAUGAGCACAAACGCAACACACGUGCGUGAGUACAUCGACAGACAGCCGGCCAACCUGGCCUCCAUGUGUGUGCCCAGGUAGGUCGACCGGAAGACGGCGCACUCCUGCACACAUGAGGGAGGGACGGAGAGAGGGAUGGAGGGAUGGGAGCUUCCUGUUGGCCAUAUGCUCACCUCGUCCUGGUUGGGUCUUGCUGGGAGGUCGUUGACGCACGCACCAAGCCAUCCGUGCACUUCACCCAAACUAAACGAACCUGCUCACAUACAUCCAUCCAAACAAUCAUCAUUAAGAUGAAGCAAGUGUGUGUCGGUUUGCGCAUGCCCACCAGUGAUCCGCAGCUCAUUCAGAGGCAAGUCCUUCGGCAACUGUAGGCAGUAGAGACCUGCCUGCCUCCCUGCCUGUAUGCGUGUGUGUGGCCGGCAACCCGUGCGCACCUCUUGCACUCGUUCGUGGAGGCUAAGAGGCUUGACGGGGAUGUCAAUCAACGGACACACGCGAAGGGACGUCUACACACACAUACACACAUACACACAGCACAGCCACGUGGACAGAUAGACAGCAGCUCACACAAUGGAUUGUAUACCUUUGGCACGACGAAGCACGACAUGGUGCCGUAUCGGCCUGAUGACACACACGAUGAUACAACCAUCCAUCUGCGUUGUGUUUCCAAGACAGCGAGUACCCUCAACGGUGCGGAAUCGGACCUCCAAGCGUGUCGGAUCGCCCUGGUGCACACAUGUCAUCCAUCAGUUGGUCACGUAUGUGUGCGCAUGCAUCGCUCUCUCCUCCUGCCUGUUUUGUUGUGCUGACCUGACACCGCAUUGUGGCGAGCAGUGGACUAGCAGAGUCACCGUCAGAUCGAGUCACUACUGGGGCUGCAUGUGGGAAUGACAUCACAUCACAGCGGGUAUGAGAUGGAUCUUACUCUGUUCAGUGGAUCCCUCCGAGCAGUCGAGCAGGUCGAUGGCCACGUCGCUGCGAAGCACCACCAACUCCUGCAUGUGUGUGUGGGGGGGCAAGCGUCCCCACGUGAAGGCACUCCUUCUGUGCGUCCGACGGUGCAUGGAUACGUACGAUUGGGUCGGGUGAGUCGACGGUGAGGAGGUAACACGCCUCGUCCGACAUCAAACGAAACCGAUGCGAUAUCUGACACACACGCACGCGCAGAGAGAGAGAGGAGAGAGCGAGAGAGAGAUUACGCGACCCCAUUCUGUCUGUGUCUGCCUGGCUGUGGGCUGACGGGUGCGUGGGAAACCUUUGUGGGCACGGCGGCAGCAAUGACGCUCUUGGACAGAUCCUGAUACCUGAACCAAGACAUCAGCAAAGACAGAUUGUGCAUCACACCUUGGUUCAUCUACCCAUCAUACCUCUUCCGUGCGUGUUCGAGCUUCUCUCUCAGUGCCGCGACCUCCUUCUCCAGCGAUUUCACCUUCUUGGCCUGACAAACAAACCGGUCGGUACGCACAGCGGAAACAAACUACUGGUCGUGCGGUCACGUACCCGCGCCUCCGGGCUCUCAUCGGGUCUGGUCUGCGCCUCGCCGCCCUCGACCUCACCUGCGCAACAUCAGCCAGGCACACAGACAUGAGGUGAAGAGCUUGCUGUGUCGGGCUAGUGGCCACGGUGUGUACCCGAUGCCGCUGCUGCUGCUGCCCCGGUGGUGUCUGCUGCCGACGCAUCUGGAGACACCAUCACACAUGACACACAGGGGUGCUCUGUGUGUGUGUGUGUGUGUGUGCAUGGUAGGUGGGAUGCAUGUGUGUGACAGCUGCUGGCUGGGUGAUCGACCUGGAGUGAGUGCGACCACCCGCCCGCUGUACGUUGACACUAUCACCUCCAGAUAAUCUGGGAGGGAAAAUGUCACUCUCACACGUGUGCGUGAGUGUCAGAUGCAAUGUGCGUGUGUGUGUACCUACCUCCCGUAGUGACGUAUCCCGCGUCGAGUCCCCUGAUGCUCUCGUGAAGGCACACCUCAUACGCCAACACAGGCGACCCACUCAGCACCUCACGCCAUAUCUGUGUAACAAGUACACCCACCAACAGAUACCGAAGACUCUCUCAAAUGGUUGCUCGUUGGCUGACCUCUACAGUGCCGUCAUCCCGGCCGAUCAGCACAUCGGGCUCCCCCGACUGUCGAUGAGCAAUUUCACACACCCAUGGGCCGCCGAUUUGUUUGUAUGUCUGUGUAUGUGGUGGUUGGCAGCCGUUCGUCAUACCCCAGUGAAGUCGGCACCCAUGAUAUUGACAACACCAGCCCUGACAAACAAAACCAACACGCACACCACAUCAAGGCCAAGACCGGUGUAUGUAUCUGUCUUCCCGCCUGGCUGGCUGGCUGCCUGCCAGUCCCGCCUACCGCCGUUUUCUUUUGGCCGGCUGGUCCUCAUCCACCUCUAUCAGGCACCCCUCCCGCAUCACAUUAUCCACACUGACCACAGAAGGACCGACAAAAGUGACACACACAGAGCGCCAUACAUUCGUCCUCGUCCACCUUUAUGCCUCCUCGCGCUCACGUGUCGAUGAGUGCCAGCCCGGCCCUGCCAGUCUCGGUGCCAUAGAGCAGCUCGAUCGGCAGCUGAGAGCCGGGCACACGCUCGCGGAGGAAACCUGUGAAUGAAUGGCCAGCAGAUGGAUGCAUUGACGGAGACAAGAUGCACCGUUUCGGUUUGGUCACGUACCGAGUGCGGUGACAGGUCCAUCGACGGGGUACUGGUGGUACAGUUGCUCCCCACUGUACACUCGAAUGUGGCGGUCCUGAGGGCAAACAAGAGAAUGACGGCAUAACAGUCGAGCGACCCUGUGUGGCCCGACUACCGACCUGACAGGCAACAAUCGAGCACAGGGGCGUCCUGCAAGUGACAGGCGGAGAGGGAGAGAGAUGUGGCAGCCAUGUGUAAAGGUAUCCAGAAGUGUAAGUAUGUGUGUGUGUGUAGGUUACUGACUGCGGUCCGGCCACAGCGGCGCACUGGAGGUCGUUGAUGCGGUCGGGGGACAUGACGAACCCAGCGUCCUUGCAGCUGUCGUAUAUCGUCAACAAGUAAUCCUACACACACACACACAGCCACACCCACACCCCCACACACCACAGCAGAGAUAGAGAGAAGCCAACAGAUUCACAUGUACGCCACACACAAGUGCAUUGUGAGUUAGCUCAGCUCACCCCGCCGGCCCAAAUCAUGGCUUCGUGCACGACGAGCGAUGAGAUGGUCUCAGUGAGGUUGGUCUUGAACUUGAGGAACUCCUUGCCCUUCCGCGUGAAGCCCCAUAUCGUCUGACCCGCACCCACAAACAGCUUGUCCCGCCCACACUGCAGCGCCACACGGCUGACGGGGCGGCCCAGGGGAGGCGACCGCCACUCCACCUCCGCUGCGCCCUUCUUCAUAAAGAACACCGUCAGCACACCGGAAUCGUCACCAAUCGCAACUGAGUGCAACAUUAGACCAAACAAUGCCGCGCAGAUCUCUCCUCACACACCAUGCUGUCUGUUCUGACAUGCUGACCUUUCUGUUGUCUCUUCUUUCCGAAUGGCAGCACUGCGAGUGUGUUGCGUGCGAUGCUCCCUCCCGAAGUGUGCAACAGAUCUACCACAUACAGCUGCAU